AUGGAUCCCAACGCCUCCCGCCAGCGGCCCUCACUGGGUCAGAUGCGUAGCAAUUCCUUCCUCCUGGACCACCAGCAGUAUAAACCGCCGCACCCGAUCAGUCAAAACAUCGGAGAGGUGCUGGGGACUCAGCUCGAUGAGACUUUGGCUACAUUGACCAACCCGAUCAGCCCAGACCCCGAGCGGGUCACUGACAGCGGUCUUGUCCACAGCAUCUUCCACCACGGUGCCAAUCCUCUCCCGCAGGGCACCGCGCGCAUUGUCGCGACUCUCUUCUAUAAAUCCUCCAAACCCGUCCACCCCGCUUUCCACCCCGACGUGUCGCCCAAUGUCACCCCCGGCCAGACACUCCAGGCUCCCCAGAUCCCGGAAGGGUCUGCGCCAACCAUCGACAUGGACAAGAUCCCGCGCGAACCCCCGGCGCCGGAACCCGAGCCGCUGGACCACCUGUACGGGCCGUACGUGUCGCAGCUCUGCUUGACCAAUUUCCUCCAGACCAUCGAGCAGCUCCCAACACCAUACCAACGAACCAAUACCUCGCACCGCUGUCUGGAUCGCGAGGACCAGCCCCGCGUAGUCGAGGUUACAUUUUCCCCACCGCCCGACCCCGAAUACCUCUCAUUCGCGGACCUCCGUAAGCACGAGAGCAUCUGGCGAUUUGAGCGGGAGUGGAACGUUGAGGUGGUUCUGCAGAACGAGGGCGUCUUUCGCCGGCAUAAGCGCUUGGCCGUGUUUGACAUGGAUAGCACGUUGAUUCAGAACGAGGUGAUCGAUGAGAUCGCGAAAUUUAUUGGUGUGGAGAAGGAGGUUUCGGCAAUUACGGAGCGUGCCAUGAACGGCGAGCUGGACUUCUCCGCAUCCCUUAAAGAGCGCGUCGGCCUACUCAAGGGUGUGCCCGCGGACGUGUUCGACAAACUCAAGACCGUAAUCACCAUCUCUCCGGGUGCCAGGGAACUCUGCCGCGCAUUGAAGACCCUAGGAUACAAGCUGGCUGUUCUGAGCGGCGGCUUCCAGCCCCUGGCGGAAUGGCUCGCGGAACAGCUUGGAAUAGACUAUGCGGUGGCCAACCACCUUGAAAUCGACCCUGCAACACAGACCCUCACCGGCAAACUGGUCGACUCUCACCCCAUCAUUGACGCCACGCAGAAACGCGCCCUUCUCACCUCCAUCGCGGCCGAGAACAACAUUCCCAUCUCCCAGACACUGGCUGUCGGCGACGGGGCCAACGAUCUGCUGAUGCUUCACGCAGCCGGCCUGGGUGUCGCCUGGCGCGCCAAGUCCAAGGUUCAGCUCGAAGCACCGACCCGUCUCAACGGAGAAAGUCUGGUCGAUAUCCUCCACCUGCUCGGUCUGGACAACGAGGACAUUGUCGAGCUGGCCGCUGAGAGCAAAUGA